AUGCGCGGAAAGGUUGCUUUUGAAGAGGCCUUUGCCUUGCCUCGCCUCCAUGAAAAGACUCGCUGGUGGGCGUCGCUCUUCGCGGUAGACCCCGACAAACAUGCCCACGAGAUGACGGACGUCACGGAAACGCGCAUCCAAAACAUGGACAAGCACGGCGUGGGCUACACCAUUCUCUCGUAUACGGCCCCCGGCGUGCAAGACAUCUGGGAUGCUGCCGAAGCGCGCACCCUCACCACCGAGAUCAACGACUACAUUGCCGGUGCCAUCAAGUCCCACCCCGACAGACUAGGUGCUUUCGCCACUCUCUCCAUGCAUGAUCCCGCCGAGGCCGCCGCCGAGCUGCGUCGCUGCGUGACCGAGCUCGGCUUCAAGGGCGCGCUCGUCAACGACACCCAGCGCGCCGGCCCCGACGGCGACGACAUGCUCUUCUACGACGGCCCCGAGUGGGACGUCUUCUGGUCCGCCGUCACCGACCUCGACGUGCCAUUUUACCUGCACCCGCGCAACCCGACCGGCACCAUCUACGAGAAGCUCUGGGCCAAGCGCAAGUGGCUCAUCGGCCCGCCCCUCAGCUUUGCGCAGGGCGUCAGCCUGCACCUGCUCGGCAUGGUCACGAAUGGCGUCUUUGACCGCCACCCCAAGCUGCAGGUCGUCAUCGGCCACCUCGGCGAGCACCUGCCGUUUGACCUGUGGCGCAUCAACCACUGGUUCGAGGACGUCAAGAAGCCGCUCGGCUUGGCCUGCAAGAAGACCAUCCGCGAGUACUUUGAUCAAAAUAUCUGGAUCACGACGAGUGGCCACUUUUCUACCCCCACGCUCGAGUAUUGCAUUACGGAAAUGGGCGCGGAUCGCAUCAUGUUUUCCAUUGACUACCCAUUUGAAUCCUUUGGGGACGCGUGUGACUGGUAUGACAAGGUUGAGCUUAAGGAUGCCUCUCAUGUCGGAAAGAUUGGCCGUGAUAAUGCCAAGAAGCUAUUCAAGCUCGACAAGUUCAAGGAUUCAGAGGCACAAGCUGUAUCUACAAAUUGA